CCCGCAGCCAAGAUGGCGGCGGCGGCGGGGCAGCGCCGUGGGCCCGGCUGCCGCUGAAGCCGCUUCCGCCGCCGCGGGCUCUCCAGCAGUAAAAAUGGCGGAGUCGGUGCUGGAAGUUGUGGGCCGGCUCCAGGCGCGGCUGGCGGGCAGCGCCGAGCCCAAGAAGCUGCUGAAGAGUCUGAAGAGGCUGUCAGAGUUACCCAUCACAGUUGACAUUCUCGUGGAGACAGGAGUUGGGAAGACUGUGAACAGCCUAAGGAAACACGAGCUCGUGGGAGAUUUUGCCAAGGACCUCGUGGCCAGGUGGAAGAAACUGGUGCCAGUGGCCCAAGAGGCAGAGCGAAAUAACUUAGACUCUGAAGACCGUGACUACGAGAGGAGCAGCUCAAGCAAAAGGCAUCAGGAAUCCUCCCUCAGAGAGGAUGAGGAGGCUGACCAGGAUUACUCAGAACCCUUCCAGCCUUCUUGCAGCCAGUCCUAUAGCCCAGAUCAUAGGGAAAAGAAGUCCAAAAGGUAUCCCAGGCCUGAGAGAGCCCACGAGACUUAYGGCUAUAGCAGCCAGCAGGGGAAGGGUUGGGGCAGAUCCUCCCCGGUGCUCUCUUCAGAUCAGGAAUACUCAGACUGUGGACAGGCUGUGUCACCUGAGCCCAGCGAGAGCCCUCAGGACAUGGACACGGAUCCUUACGCCUCUGAGGAGCAGGAAGAACCAGCAGUGUUCCAUCGUAAAGCCAGCAAAGGCCACAGCUUCCAGGAGAAGCUCGGGGCGGGCCGAGAGCGGAGCUCCGGCGAUUUCUGCGACAAAGGGAACGCGGCGCGGAGCAAAGAGCACAAAUCCUCGCACAAAAAGCAGCGACUCGAUGGCAGAGGGGAUGAGAGAACCUCUGCUUUCAGCCCAGAGAGAUUGCACAAAACCUCUUUCAAAGAGCAGCUCCGAGAAGCAGCAGCCAGCAAGGAGAAGCAGAGGAUAUCAGAGGGUACCAAAAAGGAGAAGAACCGGGAAAGCAGCAGCUCCAGGAAGGAGAAGUCGCACGCGUUGCCGCACUCGGAGGAAUCUUUGGACAACCACGUCAAGAAACAAAAGCAUCGGGACUCUGAGAAGAGCAAACUGGAAAAGUCCAAGCAGAGCCUGGAGAGCUCAAACUCAGAGAAACGGAAAGCUGAGGGUGACUCAGCCAAUAGGAUCAAGGAAAAGGGGGGUUCUGGGAGCUUAAAGUCUUCGGAGGGGAAGCGCAAAAUCUCCRAUGUGGAUAAAAAAUCAGUGGGUUUUUCCUCGAAUUCUGGGGAGGGGGAAGCAGAGGAUGAGUUUGAACAGCCUACAAUGUCCUUUGAGUCGUAUCUCAGCUACGACCAGCCCCAGAAAAAGAAAAAGAAAGUGGUCAAACCCUCAGCUGGGUCAGCUGGGGACAAAGACCGAGGGCACAGCAAACAAAACGGAUCCAAAGCCAGUACCAACAGCUCGAGCUCMGCUCAGAAGAGUCCAAGCCACAAGAGAACAAGUGAGAAAAAGGCAGAGAAAAAACCUGCAGAGCCUCCUAAACCAAAGAGGAUAAUUAUAGAUGUGGUCCCAACAUUACCAGACAUCCCCCUGCCCCCCAUCCAGGCCAAUUAUCGUCCUCUUCCCUCCAUCGAAUCCAUCACCUGCUCCCAGACCAAAAGGAAAGCAGUGUCCUCACCAGUGGAGGAGAGCGAAGCGGGUUUCACGGGCCGCCGGUUGAAUUCCAAAAUGCAGGUGUACUCUGGCUCCAAAACUGCCUACCUCCCAAAGAUGAUGUCCCUGUACCAGCAGUGCAUCAGGGUCCUCAGUAACAACAUCGACUCAAUCUAUGAAGUGGGUGGUGUCCCUUUCUCCGUGCUGGAGCCGGUAUUGGAGAGGUGCACCCCGGAGCAGCUGUACCGCAUUGAGGAAUGUAACCAUGUGCUGGUGGAGGACACGGAUCAGCUUUGGCACAACCACUGCCUGAGAGAUUUCAAGAACGAGAAGCCCGAGGAGUUUGAGUCGUGGCGGGAGAUGUACCUGCGGCUGCACGACGCGCGCGAGCAGCGCCUGCUGAUGCUGGCGCGCAACAUCGGCUCUGCCCACGCCAACAAACCCAAAGGGAGAGUGGCCAAGAUGGCAUUUGUGAACUCUGCAGCGAAGCCCCCGCGGGACGUUCGGAGAAGGCAGGAGAAGUUUGGCACUGGAGGACCUCUUCUGCCAGAGAAGACCAAAAUAAAACCAGUCCUGUACACGUCCAGCAAAAGCCACGCUCGGGCGAGCGAGGAGCAGUCCUACGAUGGGCCCAGCACCAGCAGUGCCCACUCGGUCCCRUCUUCAGGUAGCACCUUCUCCUCCUACGACCCCAGGAAACCCCCAGUGAAGAAAAUUGCACCAAUGAUGGCAAAGACUAUCAAAGCUUUCAAAAACAGAUUCUCUCGGAGAUAAGUUUGCAGUGCUGAUCUGGGCCUUUCUCUCUUGGGAAGGAGUGGCACUGAAGGGGGAGAAGGUACCCAAACAGCCCUUCCUUAUCUUUGAACUCUUUGGAGGCUGCAGCUGCUGGGAGAAGCUUUGAUCUGCACAAGAUGAUGGCACAGUAUUUUAUCUUUUAUUCUGGUCCCUUUCUCAGUGUCAAGCCCCCCUCUUUUACCCCCUGUCCUCAACAUUUUGUUUCUGGCUUUGUCAUCCRUCGAAAGAAGGGUGUACAGAAUCUCCCGACACAGGAAAAUGUGAAGUCUUGGCACCUGCUGAGAGUGGAAGAUCCAGAGACUUAUUUACUAUUUAACCUCUUAAUAAAUUAURAAAUGGUUUUAAUUAAUAUUUUGCCCCUCUACCCUGCUGUAUUAUUUAUGUGGCUCCCAGUAGUCUCUCCCCUCCCUACCCAGUGCUGGGGUCAGCCUUGGUGACUCGAGCUGGAAUCCAUUUGGGUGCCACAGGAGUCUUUCCUGGUGAUCUGGUACCUGCUGGGCCCAAAGUCUCACCUGGAGACUCUGGGACAGGCAGGACCAGUGGCCCAGCCUCUUGUCAGUCCUUUGGCAAGUGCAGCCAGUCCUGAGGCUUUGCUCCCUGCUCGUGUGUGUCAAUAAAAUCUGAGCUCUUGACCUUCUCUGUGCUGUUGCUGUAGAUCCUGUGCAGGUGCUUUUGUGACCCUACAGGGAUGYCAAGAGCCUUUGAGGACAUUUCUGCUGCUGUUUUCUGCUGGCUACUGGGAGUAAAACUGCCAGAGAUUUGGGAGAAGUUUUACUGUGCAUCAUGUCAGAUUUUAACUUUUUAUCUGGAGAGAGAUAGGGGACUUUGCAAUGGAAAACAGUUUUUAAAUAUCAGUGAAGGCGUYGUUUGCCUCUUUUAGUGAGAAGAAGGAACACUUCUGUCUUGUUUCUGUGUGGAAUUGGAAAGGAUUUAUUUCCAGUUAGGAWGCUGGUGCCUAAAUCCUGUCUUUUCCCUGUGCGUUUUGCUCUGUCCCCUCUUUGAAAAAAUCCAAGGAUUUUGGUCUUUGAACCUGAAACCACUUGAAUGAGGUUGGAGGGAAGYGAGCAACGGAAUGUGGCUGUUUUUAACACGUGUGUCCUUCAGAGCAGGAGUUCAAAAAGCUCCUUUGUAGCUGGUGUGUGAGGAGCUGGAGCUCAGGAAGGAGAAGGUGCUUGAUGGGGCUGGUGGGAGUGUCAGGAAAUGUCCUGGAGCUCCUGGAGRGGGAUGUGAGGAUGGCAGCUGGGCUGGCCGAGGCUGGAGCUGGCUGUGCUGUGGGGAAGCUUUCUGCUUGUGUUUUGUGUCUGCCCCGAAGGGAAUUCCAGGGGUGGUGCAAGCAGAGGAUGGGGCUGGGGAGACCCCAAAAGUCGUGGGGUCUGACUGGACCAGAGAGGGGAGGGAUUCUCCUGUUCCAAGCCAUAUUUGCUGCCCUAGGACUUUGCUGUCUGGGUGGAAAAGAUGCUGGUARUGGAUGCUGUUGUUGUUGGCAGCUCCUGAGAAGCUCUGCUGCUGGCUUUCCGUGGCUGCCAAAUCCCAAACCGGUGGAGUUGUCUGUGUGCACUGACCGGGGGAAACCUUGCUGUGAAGGGUCCUCCCUGGAGGGCUCUAGAAAAAUCCCUGUUUUGCUUCUGGUUUCUGUUGGGUUGUUUGUUUUUUUCCUUUUUAUUUUUUCCUUGCUUUAAAAAAAAAUAGUCUUUCUUUAAAACCAUUCUGAACACCUGUCUCCUGUUUAUUUGGUCUGUUCUUUGUUUAGUUUGAAAUUCUUGGAAAAAUGUUCUCAAGACUUUCAUGUGCUGUAAGUUUGUUACAGUCCCAGAUGCUUUAAUGUUACCGUGCAGCAUUUCAGUGUGUGUUGUGCUGUAAAAUAAUGGCUCCUUAUUCUGCGUUUUUUGCUGUAUUUAAUUUUGCUGUAUUUUUAAUUAGAUAACAAUAUAUCCUCUUUCUGCUGACCGUUUGUGCUACUGUUUAUUUCUCCUCUGUGCUGGGGUAGGGGCAGAGGGGAGGGAAGCAGAGCCUGGCAUGGUGUUCAGACAUGAGGGAGCUUUGAACAAAGGAUCUGGGAGCUGCCCAAGAACAAUUCUGGGCGCUGCUCAACUGCCAAUUCAUUGAUUUCACAGCUCCAUCCUCAGCUGUGGGUACAGCCCGAGCAUUGCUGUUUUAGGGAGAUGCUUUUUCCCCUCUCAGAGCAGCUCCUUUGCUCCAGGCUUUGCCAGCUGUGUCCAUGAUUUAUUUGUGGGAUCGCAAGGAGGUGAUGCCAACCCAAAUCCAGCCUGGGGAGAGGUGAGCACCAGCCCUCAGCUGGGAGCAGAGCGGGGAUAUUUCCCUGAAGGACACACUACACAAAGCCUGGGAUCAAAGUGCUCCCUGUGACACUUGUGCAGUUGUUCUGUGCUCCUCCACACAAAGGAUGGAGCAGAGCUGCCKCUUUUCCCUUCCCACCCCAUCCCGCUAGGAUGAGUAAAGGGAGGAGGAAGAGGAGGGGGAGUGACUUGGACUCGUAUUUGUAUUUUGAUCCCAAACUGUGUAUAUAUAUACGAUUUUCUAUGUUCCUUUUUUUUGUGGUAACUAAGAUGAAUAUUUUAAUUAGCUAAGUUAUAUGAAAAAGAGGAGAAUCAUGUCUCAAUAAAAGCCAAACACUGGA